AAGGCGCUCUUAAUCGCACGAGAUCACUCAAGAACAUAACACACAAACAUGGCGACGCGGCAGCCGCACAAGAUGCCGUUCCGUGCACUUUUUACGAUAUUUUUAUUACAUGCCGUAGUUCCCGGUUGUUUUUCUACACUUCGGCUACACAAAGACGAGCGUUUUAUUCUGCCACAAAACAGGGGUUUUUCGUGGGUGAACGCAGAUGAACAGCAUCUAGGAAUGGGUACCGAGGCUCCGAAGCAAGCGUUCCAAGGAGCGAGAGAGCGUAGAGCGGCAUCGCAAAUGUACCAGCACCGUAACCGCCGUAGUGAUUCAGACUUACCGCCGCUCAAGGUGUAUGGAAAGGCGGAGCUGCAGGACUCCCACAAUCAGAUGGUGGUGCACUGGGCCGGGGAGAAGAGCAACGUUAUUGUGGCGCUGGCCCGGGACCGGAGUGGAGCUCUGGGAUCCAGGAGCAGCUCCGUCUAUGUGUCCUACAACUACGGGGCCUCCUUUGAAUCCAUCGCCAGCAAGUUCCAGCUCUCCGGAGAGAAAGCGGGGAACAAGGAGCUCAUCGCCCAGUUCUACCACAGCCCUGCCGACAACAAGAGGUAUCUCUUUGCGGACACCAAUAACAGCUAUGUGUGGAGCACGCUUGAUUUCUGCAAGACCGUCCAGGGCUUUUCAGUCCCUUUCAAACCCAUGGACCUGCUGCUGCACAGCACAAAGCCAAACCUGGUACUGGGCUAUGACAGCUCUCACCCCAAUAAACAGCUGUGGAAAUCGGACGAUUUUGGCGAGACGUGGGUGCUCAUUCAGGAACACGUCAGAUCCUACUGCUGGGGCGUGGAGCCGUACGACCCUCCCACUACGGUCAUGGUGCAGAGGCAGGAGCCCCUGGGCGUGUCCAGCGUACUCAGCAGCACCGACUUCUUCCAGAGCGAGCAGAACCGCCAACUCAUCCUGGAGCACGUGGACAGCUUCCAGCUCCGGGACAAGUACAUGUUCGCCACCACCACCAGGACUCUGCUGGGGAGCCAAGAACCCUCUACCGUCCAGCUGUGGGUCUCCUACGACCGCCAGCCAAUGAGAGCUGCCCAGAUCAUGACUCGCCACCCAAUCACUGAGUACUACAUCGCCGAUGCCUCUGAGGAUCAGGUCUUUGUGUGCGUGAACCACGCAAACAACAUCACACACCUGUACAUCUCUGACACGGAGGGCCUUGCCUUCUCACUGUCCCUGGAGAACGUGCUGUACUUCACCCCUGAGGGCACUGGGAGCAACACUCUGAUAAGGUACUUUGCGAACGAGCCGUUUGCAGACCUGCAUCGCGUGGAGGGUCUUCGGGGGGUCUACAUCGCCACGCUGGUCAACGGUACUCUGGGCGAAGAGAACAUGCGCUCUGUCAUCACAUUCGACAAGGGAGGCACCUGGGAGCCGCUGCAGCCCCCGACUACGGACAGCCUGGGGGGCAAGCUGGACUGCCAGCUCUCACAGGGCUGCUCUCUGCACCUGGCUCAGCGCUGGAGCCAGCUACUCAACGUGCAGCUGCGCAGAGCAACCAUCCUCUCCAAGGAGUCUGCUCCCGGACUCAUCAUGGCAACAGGGUCCGUUGGGCGCAGUCUGGCCAACAAGCCCAACGUGUACGUGUCGAGCAGUGGGGGAGUGCGGUGGAAAGAGGCCCUGGCCGGCCCUCACUUCUACUCCUGGGGAGACCAUGGAGGCAUCCUGAUGGCCAUCAUGCAGGGCAUGCCCACCAAGACACUCAAGUUCAGCACAAACGAGGGGGAGACGUGGUCGGAGUUCGCCUUCUCCACCAGCGAAGUGUACGUGUACCAGCUGCUGACGGAGCCGGGGGAGAAGAGCACCGUCUUCACCAUCUUCGGCUCGUACGCCUUCCAGGACCACAGCUGGCUCAUCCUGCAGGUUAACACCAGCAGAGCCCUGGGGGUCCCGUGCACAGAGAGAGACUACAAGCCGUGGUCUCCGUCCGACGAGCGAGGGAACGCCUGCCUGCUGGGCCGCCAGGUGGUGUACAAGCGCCGCACGCCCCACGCCACCUGCUUCAACGGCGAGGACUUCGACCGGCCCCUCAGCGUGUCCAACUGCUCCUGCACCCGCCAGGACUACGAGUGCGACUACGGCUUCAGGCCGAGCGAGGACCUGUCCCUGGAGGUGUGUGUUCCCGACCCCGAGUUUUCCGGAAGGCUCAACGCUCCGCCCGUGCCCUGCCCCGUGGGCACCACGUACCUCCGCAGCAAAGGGUACAGGAAAGUGUCGGGGGACAGCUGCUCUGGAGGAGACGUAGAGGCCCGGCUGAACGGAGAGAUGCUGCCAUGUCCUAUAGGAGAGAGUAACGAGUUCAUCCUGUACGCCGUGCGGAGCUCCAUCCACCGCUUCGACCUGUCCACCGGCACCGACCAGGUGCUGCCCCUCACGGGGCUGCGCGAAGCCAUCGCCCUCGACUUCGACUACGACCGGAACUGCCUGUACUGGGCCGACAUCGGCCUGGAUACCAUACAGAGGCUGUGUCUGAACGGGAGCUCGGGGCAGGAGAUCAUCGUGCGCCGGGGCCUGCAGAACGUGGAGGCCCUGACCUUUGACCCCAUCAGCAGGCUGCUGUACUGGGUGGAUGCAGGCUCUCAGAAAAUCGAGGUGGCCAGUCCGGACGGAGAUCUGCGACGCACCCUGAUUAACUCCAGUGUGCUGGAGCACCCCAGAGCCCUGGUUCUGAUGCCUGCAGAGAGUCUGAUGUUCUGGACAGACUGGGGCGAGCGGGCGGCCGGCGUGUACCGCAGCUGGAUGGACGGCUCCAACGCCUCCUGCAUCGUGUCGGAGGGGGUGCACUGGCCGAACGGCAUCGCGGUGGACGAGCGGUGGCUGUACUGGACCGAGGCGUUCGGCGACCGCAUCGAGAGGGCCGACUUCCACGGCCAGCAGCGCAGUGUGCUGAUAGAGGGCCUGCCCCACCCCUACGCCAUCGCCGUCUUCAAGAAUGACAUCUACUGGGAUGACUGGUCUAGGAUGGGAAUAUUCAAGGCCCCAAAAUCUGGCAGCUCGGACGGUGAACAGCUGGUGGGCCGGCUGUCUGGAGUCAUGGACCUCAAAAUCUUCUACAAGGGCAAAGCCAGAGGGCACAACGGCUGCGCGGACCAGCCCUGCAGCCUGCUCUGCCUGCCCCAGCCGGGCCACGGGCACACCUGCGUGUGCCCGGACGGCGUGCCCAGCACCCUGCUGCCCUCCGGCCAGGUGCAGUGCCAGUGUCCCAGCGGGUACCAGCUGCACAACGGCACCUGUGUGAAGACGGAGCACACCUGCCUGCCCAACCAGUACCGCUGCUCCAACGGCAAAUGCAUCAGCAGCAUCUGGAAGUGCGACAGCGACAACGACUGCGGAGACAUGAGCGAUGAGGAGGAGUGCCCCACCACCACAUGUGACCCCGCUGUGCAGUUCCGCUGUGUGACCUCAGGCUCCUGCAUCCCACUGGCCUUCAAGUGUGACCACGAGGACGACUGUGGGGACAACAGCGACGAGGAGCACUGCGAGAGCCACCGCUGCGGGCCGGGAGAGUUCACGUGCGCUCGAGGCGUGUGCAUCCGUGACGCCUGGCGCUGCGACGGGGACAACGACUGCAGAGACUGGUCAGACGAGGCCAACUGCACUGUGGGGCAGCACACCUGUGAGGCGGGCAGUUUCCAGUGCCACACAGGCCACUGCAUUCCACAGCGAUGGGUCUGUGACGGAGAUGACGACUGCCGGGACGGCUCUGACGAAGAGCCCGCCAACUGUGGAGGGAAGCAGUGCAAUGGCUUCCUGUGCGCGAACGGCACCUGCCUGCCCUCCAGCGCUCACUGCAAUGGCGUGGAGAACUGCCCAGGGGGCGCCGAUGAGCAGCACUGCGACCCCCUCUGCACGCGGUACAUGGAGUUUGUGUGUCGGAACCGAGCUCAGUGCCUUUUCCAGUCUCUGGUGUGCGACGGCAUCCGUCACUGCGCCGAUGGGUCCGACGAGGACGCGACCUACGCUGGCUGCUCGUCGGGUACAGAGUUUGAGAACACCUGCAGCCCAUACUCCUUCCAGUGUGAGAACGGCUUAUGUGUGAGCCUGGAGUGGAAGUGUGAUCGCAUGGACGACUGCGGAGACUACUCCGACGAGGCCAACUGCGGCUCUCCCACAGAAGAGCCCGGCUGCUCGCACUACUUCCAGUUUGCGUGCCAGAACGGGCGCUGCGUACCCACCUGGUGGAGGUGCGAUCAGGAGAACGACUGCGGGGACUGGUCGGACGAGGUCAACUGCACAGGUGGAGACGCGCCCCACACCGCAGCCCCGGGCCCCGCCACCUGCUCCCCCAACUACUUCCGGUGCGGCUCUGGAGCCUGCAUCAUCGACUCCUGGGUGUGCGACGGCUACGCGGACUGCCCCGACGCGGCCGACGAAGUGGGCUGCCCCACAGGUGAGGAGAGACGGACGGACGGACGGACAGACGGGCGGACGGGCUGCCUCGGCCUGUCUCAAACACUCACACCAGAAAACACAACUGCCAACGCUUCUCACAGAUACCCAGACAAUGCUCAAAAUGCAGCCGCCGACGCUCACUUACAGCUACUCAUGCUGCUCCAAACAACCAGCAACACUCACCUUAGCUUCUGCCCACGCCCCCCGCUGCCGCACCCGGCUGGCAGCGCUGCCGCAUCCGAGGCACGCUGGACGGACGCUGACUGCACCGACCGGUCUGACGAGACCGACUGCCCGACCCGCGGGCCCCUGUCCUGUGUGAACGGGACUCUGUGCACCGACAGGGAGGCCUGUGUGACGGACAGCGAAAAAUGCGACGGCUUCAUCGACUGCUCCGACCGCAGCGACGAGGAAAACUGCUCCGCCGACUCCCAGGUCUUCAAGGUCCAGAACCUGCAGUGGAGUGCCGAGUUCUCCGGCGCCGUCACCCUCACCUGGUCCCGGCCCAAAAACCUUCCCCCCUCCUCCUGCUCCUACCUGGUGUACUACAGGCUUGUGGGGUCUCAGACCUGGACUUCUGUAGAGACUCACAGCAAUAAGAGCAGCUACAGAUUGACGGUGCUGAAGCCGGACUCCACCUACCAGGUGAAGGUGCAGGUGCAGUGCCUGAGCAAACUGCACAAGACCAAUGAGUACCUGUCCCUGCACACGCCGGAGGGAUUGCCUGACCCGCCCACACAUCUUCAGCUGUCCUCUGACAGGGGGGAAGACGGCACGGUGGUCUGUUCCUGGAGCCCCCCCGACAACGCGCACGGCCUAAUACGGGAAUACAUAGUGGAGUACAGCGAGAGUGGAAGUGCAGAGUGGUCAUCCCAGAGCAGCAGCAGCAACAGCACCGAGGUGAAGAAUCUGCAGCCCAGCGCCCUCUACAGUUUCAGAGUGGCAGCUGUGACUAGCCGAGGUGUGGGAAACUGGACAGAUGUCAAAUCCAUCACUCCUCAGAAAGCUCUGCAGCCCCCCACUGUGGCCGUGGAUGGAAUUACUGAGGACUCCAUAAAUCUAACUUUCAGCUUCAAUUCCCAGUACAAGGUGGAGCAGUACGUGGCGCUGCUGUCCUGGUUGUUUGAUGAGCACAUGAAGGAGAGCAGGAACAUGACCGUUACAGGAACGACUCUGACAGUGGCUAACCUGACGGCUGGGACAGCCUAUGAGCUGGCGGUGUGGGCCCACACCAAUGUGGGAGACAGCCCUGCUGCGCUGUCCCGCCUGGAGACGAAGGGCACCCAGCCGGCCCCGCCCAUCCUCAAGGCCCGCCCACUCAACCAGACCGCUGUCAACUGCAGCUGGACUGGCCCGCAAGCGGUGGAGUAUGGUGUGUUCUUCUCCACCUCCUUCCUGGAGCUGCACCGGAACCCUCACAGCCAGAAGAGCAGCAGCAGCAGCCUGAUCGUCACCGUGGACAGUGAUGAGCAGUACCUCUUCUUGGUGCGGGUGACCUCUCCCUACCUGGGCCCUCCCUCUGCGCACGCCAUGGUGAAGAUGAUCCCGAACGGCAGGCUGCCCCCGCGUAACCUGCACAGAGUGAAGGUGGAGAAGACCCAGGCCACGCUCAAAUGGCAGCCCCCGUACGACUCUCCCAGCACCCCGCUGGAGUACGCCAUUCACCUGAAGGACAUCGUACGCAAGACAGAGGCCAACUACAAGCUGAGCACGCGGAACAACACGGUGGAGUACACCCUGAAGGGCCUGGAGCCCGGCGGUCGCUACAGCAUUACCGUACGCCUGCGCAACAUGAGCAAGGAGGCCAGCUACACCCUCAACACCGUGCCCCUGGCUGCUCCGGAGGCGCUGAAGAUCCUGACGGAGAGGGAUCACGUCUUCCUCCUGUGGAAGAGUCUGGCAGUGAGGGAGAAGAGCUUUAACGAGAGCCGGGGCUACGAGGUCCACGUCUACGACAGCGUGACCAACGCCAGCACGUGCCUGGGGAACACCACGGAGACCUUCUUCAAGAUCAGCAGCCUGCUGGCGGGGCACAACUACACCUUCUCCGUGCGGGCGCGCUGCCUGCUCAGCGGCCAGCUGUGCGGAGAGCCCGCCGUCCUGCUGUUCGACAGCCUGGGAGCAGUGCCGGGCAGUAAAGGCGCGUCUCAGGGUGGAAAGUCUGGCGACAUGGCGGCGGUGGUGGUGCCCGUGCUGUUCGUGCUGCUGCUGGGUCUGUGCGCGGGAUUCGCGGUUCUGUACUUCAGACACCGCCGCCUGCAGCACAGCUUCUUCGCCUUCACCAACAGCCACUACAACUCCCGCCUGGGCUCGGCCAUUUUCUCCGGGGACGAGCGCGCAGGUGACGAGGAUGACGACCCCUUGAUCAACGGAUUCUCCGACGACGUUCCCAUGGUGUUAGCGUAGGGCGGGCAGAGCGGCCUUUCCGCCCCUCCCUCCUUCUCGGCCCCGCCCAAAUCUCCGCCCCUCACCCCCCCCCCCCCCCCCAUACUGGCUCUCUCCCUCCUCCCUCCUUCCUGCCCUUCCUCCUUCCUCUCUGAUCCAGGGUGUGCGGUGACUGGCAGCCGCCGCCCAGAAGAGCCAGACGCACGAGGGUUCAGGAACCCGGGACGAAAAAGAGAACGAAAAGAAAGAGAUAUUUUUUUGAAAUACGUACGAUGCACUUUUUUUCGAAGGCGCAAUAACUUAUUUUUUUAUAUGUACUAUGCGUAUACGCGCGGGGGAAAGGACUUAGCGGACAGCUACUGAAGCUGGGCCGGCCCGACUGUGAAGGAAACGGAUUUACUCCCCCCCGUGGGCGUUUGUGGACUGGCGCGAGGGAGACCGCGCGUGAGAGAGAGAGAGAGAGACUGCCCAGCUGGGCCGCAGGUUUCUCCCCAGGUCCACUCCCCCGUAAAGCAAAAACGAACACCCGUCAACCCGUACAGCCAGCGCAAAAACACACGUGCACAACAACAGCGUAAACGCAAAAAAAAAAGCUAAUUUCUGUGAAGGGAAGUGGACAUUUUGGCUCUUGAUAGCGUGAACUGCACAGGAUUAGUGUCACUCAAGUAGGACACCGACUCCAUGCUGCUGGAAACUACAGACACGAGGCCUGGAAACUUCUAGAAUCGGUGGUACGAACAGGCCUUGCUCUAAGAAUGGUACGUGUUGUUAAUCUGAAGUAAAUAACAAAAAAUGCACCGAAGCAGCAUGAGCACCUCGCUAGGCAGAACCUUCUAGAGAAUCUGCUUUCCCCUGCCUGAGCAGCGGUGCCGGUUUAAGGGCAGAACUGUCACAGGCCGAGUUUCAAAAGAAUCCCCCGUUCGCGGACGACGCUCCGCGCCAGCGUGCCCCCCUCGGUAAAUUUAGCCCCGCUCCUUAAAGGAGAGGCACGAGGCAGACAAUGUGCCUGAAGUUUGGCAGGGCGUGGUUUGGCCCUCCCGACGCUGGAGUGCGCUCGAAGGCCGUCUAACCGGUCUGAGAGCGCGCACCGCGGCCAGCGCGCCGCGGGAGGACCGCCCGCCCGCCAGAUCAGCGGCGUCAGCGGGGCGUUUGAUUUGGCUGCUCCGCCCGAAAGCCGUCCCAGUGCCGCUUCAGAUUUCUGUGAGAGGGAAAGGUGACGCCGACGGCCGGGGAGAGGAGCGCCGGUGCUUCACCGAGCCGGGUGCAUCAGGCGAGGCGCUCGCGUUCAGGCUGCCUGCUCCUGCCCUCUCACAAACGGGAUGUGCUGCAUCGUGCUGUAAAUAGAACAGUCCUAAGAGCAGGAGUGUGAAUCCCUGCAAUCGGAUGGUGUGCCGGCGUAAUAAAAUGGCGGCGGGGCGUUGUUCUCAUCACCUUUCACACAGAAACCGGAGCUGCGGCAAUCGGUGAGUGUGUUGGUGACCACGAACGGAACAACGGCGACAGUGAUUGGUGAAUACUUCCCGGCUGUGCCUCAGGGACAGUCAUCCACCAGUCACCGUCGGCGCUGUGCUGUUCCUUGUCGCCGGCGUGCUCUUUGAUUGGCGGGUUCUGUGAGAGCGGGGAUAGCAGCCGUGUCCCAUGCCAGGUUUCGUUCUCCCCGACCGCGUGAGCGCAGCUCGGGAGUUCAGGUGGCAGCGAACCUGUGCAGUCCUGCCUAAAGCCAGGAGCCAGAAGCAUUAAUGUGUGUGAAUGUGCCAAGUUUGCAGGAAACGAAGGAAAAUAAAGCAAAGGAACUGCUGUUUCUGUGAGCCCUCCUCCCCGCCACCCCCAGCCUCUCUGUUGCUCUGAUCGAAUGAAGCUGUGUACAUGUUUAUUAUGUCGAAGAGCCAUUGUAACUGGAUUUGGGGAUUUGUUUCUUGUUUUGUUUCGUUUUGUUUCUAAGCAUCGCUUUAUGAAUGUAUUUUAUAAAUGUGUGAUUCGGCUUUGAGGCGAUGCGGGAACCGAUCACGCCGCAGUCCUUGUUGCGUUCAGGAACAGCCGCCCGUCGCGCCCCGUCCCCGACUGAAAUCUGCGAGGCGCGCGCUCCGUGGGUCGGCGGGACACGGUGUCUGGGGCGUUCUCACACGGUGUCCUUCACCCGUCCGCGAGGCGUGGGGUCAGCCUCCCGCACCCACGGGAGCGCUGCCACGCUAGCCGCACCCUACCCCCGCCCGGUUUUAGUCAGGGCCACGCGUUUCGGCGCUGGCCUCGCCAUUUACCCCCCCUUCCCCCUUGCCCGCGGUUGGCCUGGUAACCAUCAGGGCGGCCACGCCCCAUCGCUCUCUCCGCCGCCGUCACUGCAGGACUGCUCUCCGCUCGUUCCUCUUGUGACGCUUUUUAGGGUACGUGUGUUCGUCCUGUCAGAAUCAUAGUGAUUAAUGAUGGUAAUAAUGGUGUCUUUUCAAUGUGAUUUUUAUGUUUCUGUUCUGUUUUUUUAACCACUUAUGCCUUAUGAAAGCGCACUGAGUUUGUAUGUAUUCACACACUGACACACUCACAUACACAAGGAAAUACCUACAGUAAGAGGACUGGUCUGGGGACAGAAUUAUAUUUCGGUGGAAACCGUUUGCUAUGUUAGUGGCCCAUUACUGGUAUGAUGCUUAGCUGGGCUGCAUGGUGUCUGUUUUUUGUAACGUUUCUGUUGUCCUCAAUUCCAUUCCAUGACGACACGGUACAAACCCCACCAGUUUCAUGUCACCUUAGUAACUGUUUCCAUUUCUGUACGUUCUCUAACGAAUUUCACGUUUUUUGUUCUGUGUCAGUUUUAACCGAAUGUACUUGAUGUGAAUGAUUCAUUGCUUUUUUUCCCCCUAUAUUUUGUUUCUGUAAAAUUGGAUGCUGAACUGUUUUUAUUGCACAAAUUGUGAUUGGGGCACCGCCAUAUUUUGAAAUUGUUGAAAUCGCCUUGCUCACAAGGGCGAUUUAAGGGAAUACAAGUUAACGUUUCAGGAGAGGUACAGUUACGGUGUAUUUUACAGACGGCUUGUUCUGAAAUAAACUUGAAUUUGUUUGAAA